AUGGAUGCAGUAGAUGCACACAUUCCUGAUCCUGUACGCCAGCUUGACAAUCCUUUCUUGAUGCCAAUUAAAGAUGUUUUUUCAAUUCAGGGAACUCUGAAAUCUUCAGCAACUGGUGUUGAGAUGUUCAAGAAAAUCUUGGAUUUUGGACAGGCGGGCAACAAUGUCGGUCUGCUUCUACGUGGCUUAAAGCGGGACGAUGUGCAGCGAGGACAGGUGAUUGCGAAGCCUGGUUCUUUGAAAACAUACAAGAGGUUUGAGGCAGAGAUAUAUGUCCUCACAAAAGAUGAAGGUGGACGCCAUACUGCCUUUUUCUCAAAUUACAGGCCUCAGUUCUGUAUGCGACCUGCAGAUAUUACUGGUAAAGUGGAGUUACCUGAAAAUGUUAAGAUGGUUAUGAUGCCUGGAGACAAUGUGACUGCUGUAUUUGAGUUGAUUUACUCAGUCCUCUUGAAGCUGGUGAGUAGAGACGNGGAGUUACCUGAAAAUGUUAAGAUGGUUAUGAUGCCUGGAGACAAUGUGACUGCUGUGUUUGAGUUGAUUUACUCAGUCCUCUUGAAGCUGAACAAAGAUUUGGCUCGAGGGAGGGAGGUAGAACAGUUGGUGCAGGGGUAG